UUUUAGUUUCAAUUUUGAGAGCUGCUAAAAUUUUAGUUCAGUUCUUUCAACACAGCAGUUAGGAGCUCAAUAUUUUGAAAUGAGUUUGGCAUUAAAGCAUAAACUUUUGCGAAAGCCAUUGGAUGCGGCCAGCGGCUGGUUGCAGCUGCAACAAGUGCGACAUCAUGCGCCCAUUUGUGGUCCGCCGCGAUUUCCCUUGUCCACAGGACAGCGUCUCAUCAUGGGCGUUGGUGGUUUGGUGUUAAUGAUGAUAUUACCCGUCUGGAUGAUCUAUCAGACCCCGCGCUGGUCGGCGCUGCACAACAAUCGACCAUAUCGUGAUGAUGAGCCGCCACCAGCGGACGAAUAAUUCAAGAUUCAAAUCCAAAUCACACUUGUGUUAACGGCGGUGACUUCUCCAAGAUACUUUUACUGGCAUUCUAAGUUUUGUUUCUUUGUUUUUGCACGUACAACAAACAACAAACACACAUACAUACAGAGACUUAAGCAACAAACUUGCAACAGCGUGGCACAGCGAAGAAAGUAGUGCACAAUAAAAACCAAUUAAAGUGCGCCAGCAGUAAA